AUGAAAGAGGAAGCACUGAAUUCAGAUAACAAUUCUGCAGAAGUUUCAGUGGAGUCACCUUCUUUUUCAUUUAAUUGUGCACAUUUUAUAGCAUAUAAUGGAUUUCGAGAAACGUUACAUGGUCAUAAUUAUAAUGUCUCUUUAAAAGUUCGAGGAUAUGUAAGAGAUGAUGGAUAUGUAAUAGAUUUUUCUAUAUUAAAGGAAAAAGUAAAAAAAGUGUGUAAUAAAUUAGAUCAUCAUUUUAUAUUACCUAUAUAUAGUGAUGUGUUAAAAUUUGAAAAAGAAAAAAAUAAUAUAAAAAUCAUAUGUGAAGAUAAUUCAGAAUAUUCCUUCCCAGAAACAGAUUGUAUAAAACUUCCUAUUAAACAUUCGUCUACGGAAGAAAUUGGGCAAUAUAUACUCAACCAACUAAUAGAAGAAAUGGAUGUUUCCCUUUUAAAAUCAAGACAAAUACAUUAUAUAGAAAUAAGUGUCAGUGAAUCACCUACCCAAAAGGCCAUAGUCCACAAAUAUAUAUAA